AUUUUCUUUCUCUACAUGGUUAAUUGGUUUGAAAAGGCCAAAAAGAUUUUGGAAAAUAAAGGCAGUGAAUCUGAUGACAAAUUUACUACUCUCUUUGAAGAUUUCUUUGAUGUCCUAAUGAUAGUACAUGAUACCAGCAGUGAAGGUAAAAUCCAAACACUUGAAAAUUUCAUACUGCGAACAGGUUCUCUUGCUGCUGAUAAGAGAAUUAGUAUUUAUAUUCAGCAGGAAGCAGUAAGAAAACUGAAUGCCAUGCUUAUUGCUAUGCCUCGAGAUAUUAGAAAAAAGACAAUUUCUACAAAGGAAAUGCUACAAGUCAUGAAUGAUAUGGGAAAAAGAAUUUUGGAUGCUGGGGACUAUGAUCUCCAAGUUGCCAUUACUGAAGCACUAUGCAGAAUGACAUCAGAAAAACAAAGAGGAGAACUGGCAAUCCAGUGGUUUCCGAUGGAUUUUGUUAGCAAUGCAUUUAAACAAAUUAAAGAUUCUGAGUUUGAAACAGACUGCAGGAAGUUCCUUAACCAAGUGAAUGGUAUGCUUGGAGACAAAAGAAGGGUAUUUACUUAUCCUUGUUUAUCAGCUGCCCUUGAUAAACAUGAGCUACAGAUGCCAGCAGAUGAAAACCUUGAAGAAUGUUGGAUUGAUUUUAAUGUUGGUAGUAGAAGCAUAUCCUUCUAUGUUGCUGCCGAUGACGAAGGUCAUCAGUGGGAAACUGUGUGCAUACCAGAAGAAGAAGUUGGGACCUGUGUAAUUGAAGAAAAAGAAAAAGAAAAGUUGUUAACGGUACAUCUGAACAACCCAAUGUCUGUUGGUGCCCAGGAAGGUGAGAAAAUAAUCUUGCAUUUCGAUUCUGCUUUGGAAAUUGUGGAUGCGAUAAGAAAAGUUUAUGAUGCAACCAAAUGUCAGGGGUUUACAAGGAAGAAUACUGUGUCAGUUGCAAAAACAACAGUGCAUGUAGUUUUUGAUGAAAGUGGAUCACAGGUUCUUAUACCAGAAAGUCAGGUAUCGCCUUUGAAAGAAAAAGAAAGUAAAUCACUGGAAGAAAAAAAUAGCUAUUCCUCUCAACACCAAUAUCCUCAGUCAGAGAAAACUCUAACGAAGAAGACAAUUGAGAUGGACUUCCAAACAGGCCAAUCCAAGACCACCCCUGGUAAAAGGAAAAUGUCUGAGGCAUCAAUGAUUGUGCCAUGUGCUUCCAGGCUGUCUGUGCGGAAUCCAUUUCCCUUAAUUAAUACUUCAACUCCACGAAAAGGGAAGAUUAAAACCCCUCUUCAAUUGAUGAGCUUAGUGGAAAGAAAUGAAAUUUUCUCAGUACCUGAGACAAGAGCAAAGAAUACUGGCCGAGAAGACAGUUAUGCACCUCUGCUUUCUGCAACCAAGGCUCUUAAAAGGAAUAAUUCUGUUGAGAAGCAAAUUCCAGUUGAGAAAAUGAAAAAUAUGAUUCACAGUGAGGAAGAUGUAGAUAUUAAUGGAAAGCAAAAAUUAGAUGAAUUAAGUGAAAUUGUUCCUGAUUCCCAACCACCAGUAUGCAAAAGUGACAAACUAUUAUUACCUGGCCUUUCCAACAGUUCUCUUGCUGAAAUUAAAACUCAGAAAAAAACAAAAUGCUGGAUACCUGAAACAAUAAUAACUCAAUGUCAGAAGAAGGUUACUGCAUCAGAAAGUAUAGUAUGGUACUUUAUAACUUUGUUUAAUUUAAAACUUUGUUCUUGUUUUCUGUUAGCUCCUAAUCUAAGUGACAGAACUGCUAAGCAAAAAGCGUUUUCUUCAAUAUUUGGAAUGACUUCUUCAGAGCUAAGAAAUAAACAACGUUGCAGUGGAGAAGUCAUAGAGGAGCAACACAGUGAAACCAAUAAAAUACCAACAGAAAAUGCCAAGAUAAACAGUGCAGAUUCACAAACCAGUUUUAAGCAUUUGGAUGAGAAAAUACCAAAAAGUAAAAGCAGAAAGUGUGUUUCCAAUACAUCUGAAAUAUCGCUUCCUGCCACCAGAAAGAAUAAUAGUUCUCUAAUAAAUUCAAGGCACUCAAAAUCAAUCCCUGAAAUGAAUGAUAAUGAUAUUAGAUUGAAUGUAUCUUCUCCUGAAAAAGGGACUGCUAAUAAGAAAACUGAUCAAAUAAAUUAUGAAAAGAAAGCAAAAUCAAAAGACAUGAUUGAAGCAGCAGAAAUGUUAAUAAGUAAAAUCAGCAAAAGAUAUAAAGAAAGGGAUGGUAUAAAAAAUACAGGAAAAUUGUGCCAGAUGUUUUCUGAUAAGAGCACAUCCUUAAUUAAAAUUGAUAGCGAUAAUAAGAAAAAAAAACAGAACGGAAGGACUAGAAAUUUGAAAACUACAGUACUUAAUGCUAGUGAACAGCAGGUGAAUGAUGUCUAUAACUUUAACCUAAGUGGAUUUGAUGAACCUACAAUAAAGCUUGGAGUCCAAGAAUUUCAUCUUACUAGUUUAGAAGCUAAUAGUGAGCUCCCAAAGAAAAUGACUCAUGAAAAUGAAAGAAAAAGUAUAAUCCAAAAGAAACAAGAAAAGAAGGGCAGAACAAAUAGAAACAACAAGCACCUUUUUAGUGACACAGACACAGAAUAUAGAGGUGAUGAUACAAAGACAGAUAUUAGUUGGUUAAGGGAAUCAAAUAGAAAGCCUAAACCUCAACUUGUAAACUACAGCAGAGCCAGAAAACCGAGGAAGUCCAAAACUCUGGAACCAGAUAAAUUCUCUAUAUCACCACGGAUGAGAGAAAUAUCUCCACCAAAAAAAAGCAGAAGUGAUAAGAAUGAUAAUGAUGAUGAGAAAAGAACACUACCGACCAGAUCAAAACGACUCAGAAAAGCAGCACUAGUCAAAAAAUGCUACAAAGAACUCUCAAGUUCAGAGACAGAGAGUGAAGAGGAAAUUUCUGAAUGUUUGAUUAAGAAGAACACUUCAAAUGAACAUCCAGAACAUAACAUUACAGCAAAAUCUAGAGCUGUUAAUCAGUCCAAGAUACAACAGCAUAUGACUGCUAGUGAGACAGUCAGAGGAAAACUGAUGAAUCAGCCAAAAGGAUCUGCUAAAGCAAAAGAUGGCAUGACAAAAAAACAAAUGGAAUUACCAUCAUCUCCUUUAUCUGGGAGUCCACCUUCCUUGGAGAUAAUGAGAUGUUGUGAGAAGCAUACAGAAGAAUCUUCCGAAGAGCACAUACCACUGAGAAGGUCAUCCUUAUCAUCCUAUACUGAAGAAAUAACACCUGAAGAGGAGAAAUCCUUAGAGAAUAUUAAACAAAAUUCUGCUUUAAUAAAAAUUAACACAGAGAGCGAACAAUUAAAGGAACUUUCUGAAAAGGGAAGAAAACUGGUGUUCGAAACUGAAGAUCUCUCACCUGUGUUAAGUCCACUUUCUUUGUCCAACUUUAGCCCCUUCACUAGGAAAAAAACAUUCAUCAAUUAUCAAAAUGCAGAAAUUGCUAAGAACAAAAUCUGUGAUGCUGAUGAAGCAGUGAGCAUUAAAAAGGGACUUUUAAAUAGAUCAUUUCAUACAGAAAUGGAAGAUAUAUCUGAAAAUAUCAUCAAAAAUAGAAGAGAGGCUUCUUUACCUCCAUCUCAGUUAACCACACCUAGCAGAAGCAGAGAAGAAUUACAGCAUGAAGAAUGUUUUGCUGGCAUACAUGAAUCUGGACCUACAACGUAUCCUAAUUUCAAACGACUGUAUCAGGAAGAUACAGAAAAUUAUUCUGAUGAAGAAGAAAUCAGGAGGGAGGAAAGGAAAACAAAGCUUCUCCCUAGAAAGUUAUUUAAAGCAGAUGAUAGCACUUAUAAAGUAUCUGAAAGCUUACCUACUUUAUCUAUCAAUGAGACAUCUCUUUUUGAUCCGGAAGGCUGGGAUACUGACUGUUCAAGCGUAGAGGUGAUUUGUCAGAAGCUUCAUAAGGAAUUUGCCAGGAAAAUGCAGAGCCGAUCAAAGAGAACUGACAGUUUUGCAAGACAGUCACUGAAAACAGCUCACCAGCAUAUGAACACAAUGGGUAGAGAAUUACAUAAACAGAGGACCAGACAGCUGGAAAAUCUUCAUUCCUGCCUCAUCAAAGAGCUUGAAAGUUUUGAAAGAGAUUCACACGUUUUGAGAAAUAUGGAAAAAGAUUUUUCAAACUUUUCGAAGAAGCAUUCUGAAACAUUUAGCACUUACAACAAGAGUCAACAACAGAGACUUCAGAAUCUUAGAACUUCAUUUGAGAAGAACAUUUACCAUACUGCUGAUCAAGACGAAAAUAUUUUUCUAUCUGAGGUACAUCUAUUGAAAGAAGAUAUUAAGGGGAUCCAAGAGAAAUUUCUUAAGGAAAUGCAUGAAGAAGAAUUGCUCAAUGUUCGCAAAGGGUUGCAAUCACUCUUUAUGGCAGAAGAUAGGAAAUUCUAAAAUAAUUUAUAAUGUAAAUGUAGGGAAAUGAAAGACUGUAUAUAUUUAUACUGCAUUGUAACGUGACCGACCAGUAAAUUUACCACUGGGACAUUAUUGGACAUAAUUAUAAAGAGCAAACAAUUUUCAUGAAAAUUAUUCAAUUGUUGCUGUAAUUCAGUUCAAGAGAAGGAUUUUGUUAUUUUUUUUUAAAUGCCAUUAUAAAAGCAACUUCAUUAAAUUGGGGAUAUUCCGAAUAUACAGUGGCCAGCUAAUUACAACUUUCAUAAAACUCAGUCAUAACUAACUUUAGAUGACCUGGAUCUAGUUUAUUAAAGGCACACUAAAAUCCAAGUCUGAGUGUUUUGAGAAAUUCAGUUUCCUGACCAGUAUAGGCUUCCAGGACAGAAAUGAUGUAUGUUUUUCAACUUACAAAGUGAACUAAGUAU